ACAAAUUCAGUGUUGAUUAUUGUUUGAUACAAAUAUGGGUCUUUGCAAAUGUCCUAAAAAGAAAGUAACUAAUAUAUUUUGUUUUGAACACAGAGUGAACGUCUGUGAACAUUGUUUGGUAGCCAACCAUGUAAAGUGUAUUGUCAAGUCAUACCUACAGUGGUUACAAGACAGUGAUUACAGUCCUGAUUGCACACUCUGUACCAAGGAAUUGGCAGCUGACAACAGUGAAUGUGUACGACUGACAUGUUAUGAUGUCUUUCAUUGGCGCUGUCUGAACCGUUACGCUAACCAGAUGCCUCCUAACACUGCCCCUGCUGGUUACACAUGUCCUUCAUGUAAUGCUGGGAUAUUCCCAGCUCAAAAUGUAGCAUCACCUGUGGCUGAAGAAUUACGACAGAUAUUAUCUCAAGUAAAUUGGGCACGAGCAGGCCUUGGACUUUCGCUGAUUAAUGAACCUGAACCACCACCAUCCCCUGCACCACCAAUGGAGAAUAUCAUGGAAACACAACAGAUAGUUCAAGAAACAGUACCCAUGGCACAGAGUACACCAUUGAAAAAUGAAGUUGCACCAUCUUCUUCGCAACCUCCCUUAAGGACAUCGACUGGUCCCUCGAACCACACAAGGCCCAGUGCCCAUGUGACUCCGACACCAAAGAUGCAGCAUAGUGUGAUAAAUGUUGAUACGGGCACCUCAGUAAGAGGACAAGAAAAAGCUUAUGGUGUAGCAGAUCCAAGAAAAUUGUUUGAUUCAACUAAGGAAGACACAAGUAAUAUGUUCAACAUGUCACAUGACCAUGAUGAAGAUAAAUACAAAAGAAGACCUGCAUUGGAAUGGCUUGGAAAAUGGCUUAAGUCUCGGGAAGGAAAGCACAAGAAGGAUCCUGACUUGGUGUUAAAACGAUUCCUGUUUGUCCUAAUUAUUGGACUGAUUGGAUUUAUAACGGUUGUGGUGAUUUUCUCUAAACUAGGACGCAAUGCUACAGACAAUGAUCCAUUCUUAGAUCCUAGGGCUAACCCAAAUAUAAGAGUCAAUGAACUACCGAAACAAAUCGACUAAUAUUAAAGCUUGAUUAGCCUUCGUUAUUUAGAAACAUACUAUGUAUGUGAAAAAAAAAAUCUACACAUGUUAAGUUUAUCUGGAUAUUUACUUUCAUGCAACAUUCUUACUAGAGAUGAAAGUUGUCUGGAUUGGUAAUUUUACCCACAGAGACUAGGACUGGUGUCAACAAACUGGAAAUAUACAUAUGUUUACCAAUCCAUUCCAUGAUAUGUGUCUUAUAAGAAAUGUGUUGUAUACCAAGUUCAAGGGGUGCUAGGAGGAGGAGGGGGUUGUACCACAGUAAGCAUUUGUACCUCUCAAAUGCUGUAAAUCCAGAGUGUUACUGGUAGAGAUAAUGCAAUGUAGUCACGUAUUUGACACAAAAUUACAAUAAAUGUUGAUAUAUUUUUACCCGACAUAUUCCAUUAUAACCUAGAUUUUUUUUUUCAUUUUCGUCUCAAAAGAUGACAGUUAUUUGCAAGAGUACAAUGUUGUUAAUGAGAUUACAUAGAUGAAUCAAACAGGAUUAUUUUGGGUCAAUCAAACAGGAUUAUUUUGGGCCAAGAAAUAAAAGCUACAAUAUCAAUGUUUUAUAACAAUGGUAUAACAUGGAAAUUUGUUAGUCUUUUUCUGAGCACAGAGGACCAGACCAGUUUAAGUCUUUUCCCUAAUAAAAUAUUUAAGUAUUUAAUUCCUCCAAGACGUAUUGUUAUGUCACUUUCAAGGUUUAAAUUUUUUUUAUCUUUCUGUUGCUUUUCUUGAUUGUGUGUUUUACUUUAUUCCUUUCGAUGUCAGUUUAUCAAGGAAAUUUACUGGAAUAAUUUUACAUGCAUUUUUACCAUGUUUGAAAAUGAUUGUGUUGUUGAAUGUAAUACUGAAUUAUAUGUUUUAUUAGUUUGUCUGUUAUAAUACAUGUUAUGAGAGGGAUCAAUUGUUAUGUAAGUUGCCUUUUUUGUUUGAAUAUAUUCCGAUACUGUAUUGAGUACAGAAUUCAGUUUUUUGUAAGAUGUUCCUAAAGUGAUGCAAGCACUAUAAUUACAUAUGUAUUAUUCAACAGAGGUAUAUUAUAGAGAUAUGGUCAUCAUGCUGGAGUCUUAAACAAGGCAUUUCUGGUUAGAAAAUUGAGUGAAAAUUAGAUACUAUUAGACAUUUCACUAAAGAACUUGUCACAUCUGGUCUCUCUGUUCAUACCAGAUGUUUCAGCUCAGUUCAACAGGCAAAAUCAUGUCAUUUGACAGUACAUGUCCAAAUAAUUGCGUACAUUUCAUCAACAAUUAGUAUUUUAGCUGUAUAAUGGGGCACUUAAUUAAAAACAUGCUUUCUCUUCAUACAUAUCAUUGUAUGCUCAGUCUAAUAAUAUUAAACAUUGAUCAUUUUUCUGUGUAUCGAUUAGUAUGGGAGAUCUGUUUAAAUGGGGAAAUUUGCACUUACUGUAAUGUGAGGUACACAUUUUCAUGGUAUAAUUUCAUGUGGAAAAAUAUAUGUUUAGACAGUAUUCAUUAAUUUUUGACUUGUGUUCAGGUGAAAUAUGUUUGUAGUAACUUUAUUGAGAGCUGAAGUUGAGGCCAGUAUGCUUCAGGCUCAUAUGGCUAUAUAUAGUCAGUGUUAUAUUGUUGAUGGAAUAGCAACAACAGUAUAUAUUCCAUUUGGAAGAGAGCAUUUCCAUUGUAACAGUACAGUGUUUUUUUUUUCUGAAAAAAUGUAGUACUGGGUCAAUAUAAUGAUAAACCAGGUAACUGAGGACAGGAAAUGAUAAGUGGCUUUUAGGACCCAGGUGUUUCAGUCCUGGGACUUAAUCAAAUUUUGAGAACCCACUAUAUCUCUUGGUAGUGGAACUCAUCAAAAUUUUUUAAUAAGUUUUCUAGGCUUGCCUUAAAAAAUCCUACAAAAUUUGAUGAUAAUGUUCAUCAAAUAAUGCUAAGAUAGUUUUUAAAAAUAAUGUAAUUUUUGAGGAAAUGCAUAUACCUGGGUAUCACACAUUCACUGAUGUAAAGAUACAUGUACCAAUGCAUAUUUAUAUUUAAAACAGCACUAUUAAAUUUGUGAUAUGAUAACAAGAUAUCAAUUAUUGUGAAGAUAUGUAAAAAGUGUAAUUUAAUGUGAUGUUUAUAUUUGCAAACCAUAGUCAUAAUGAGAUUGAUGUUAAAAACAUCUUUUAAUAAUAUAUUGGAAACAUGCAGAAUAUGUAUGUUGAGAAACAUUAUUAAUGACAAUUAAAUGUGAGAAGAGUUUAUUCGCAAAGGAUCUUAUAUUGGGAAUAUGUUAGAAACAAAAUUGAAUAUUUAACUUAGUGUCUGUGCAUAUCCCUUUAUCAUAGACCUACUUGGUGUUACUUUUUCUUUCUAAUGUAAAUAAUAUUACUUUCAGGAAAAAACUCUUACAAUUUCAGUAAUUAAUGAAAGACAAGGUAGCAAUACAUACACUAUGUAUGAUUAUUGAUAAUAAAAACUUAUGAAUAUAAGAAUAAAGAAUAAAACAGUUAAACAUACAAAUUUCAUGUGAA